GAGAAGAGUAGUAAUAGAGAGACAGGCUAGAGUCCUUAUCAAGCCAGAGACUGCUAGAGAGAAAACACCUGCAGGAAAAGCUAAAGUGCCUAAGUGAGUUGUAGUCCUUGUAUGAGAAAAGGAGUAUUCUGAGUUCCUGAAGGAGGUGUCCAGGAUAGUUCCAACUCAACAAUUCCUCAGCCUGGAGCAACUCCAGGCAAGCCGUGGUGUCCUCAGGCAGAAACGGGAGAGAAGUAGAGAGAGCUACAAGCCCUUUUAAAACUUCUCCAGUCCACCUCAUAAUCUUAUCCUUACAUCUCCAGGGCCCAAUAUAUUAUGAUGAUUGAUUUCUUCCUCCCAAAACGAACCGAGGACAGCAAAGAUCAAGUGAUAAAACAAGUGAGGUAUGCCCAAGUCUGAUUCCAGACUACCACUAUUUUGCAGUUUAGCAGAGAUACCUUUAAGCUCAGAACUUCACACACUCAAUUUGCACUGUAACCAGAUCUCCAGGAUUGAAAGUCUUGAUCAUAUGUUGAACCUGCAGCAUCUAGAUCUAUCAUCCAAUCGCAUACAUUGGAUUGAAGGAUUAAGUUCCCUUGCUAACCUGUGUACCUUAAACUUAGCUUGUAACUUGAUAACAAAAGUUGAAGGACUGGAAAAGCUGUUUAACUUAACUAAACUGAAUUUGUCUUACAACCGCAUACAUGACCUUACAGGACUUCUGUAUCUUCGUGGAACCAAUUUUAAGAUUAGUCACAUUGAGCUACACAGCAAUUGUAUAAGUAAUGUCAACCAUUUACUCCAGUGCUUGACAGGAUUACAGUACCUCUCCAAUCUUUCUUUAGAGAAGAAUGGAAAAAGUAAUCCAGUGUGUGCAAAAAUAGGCUACAGAGAGAUCCUCCUCCAGGCUUUGCCACAGCUAACCAUCCUAGAUGGAAGGAAUAUAUUUGGUGAACCAGUAAACUUCGUGGAAGCAAAUUCAUCAGAUUUGAAGUGUUUAGAAGGCCUUUUGGACUGCUUGGCUUCAUCCAGUUCUCCUAUAGAUGAAGAAGAGGCAUGUAUUAAUUUGCCAGUGAUAACACCCCAUAUUGACAAGGUGUUAGCUCAGUUUCACCAGCAUGCAUGUUUACCAACCUGGCCCACCUCUUGCUCUUCCCCUGAGGUCAUAUCUUCUUCUGAGCCAGAAAGAAUUAAAUUGGACAAUGACACGAGAAUAAAAAAACUAGAGGAUCAGAUAUCACACCUGCUGGAAAAGAUUACUAAUUCUUCAAAGGCUGACAUCGCUCUUAAUGUUCUCAAAGCAAAAAGGGACACAGAUCUCACUUCAGAGAGUGGUGGUGAAAGUGGAAAAGAGAACAGAAAGGUAGCUAAGAGAAGCAAGUUCCUUAAUUAUCGAAAAGCAGCUUCAUCUACCAAGUACCAUUCUCAGAGAGACAGAACCUCAGACAGGGCACAAGAGCAGACUUGCGUGAAGUCAAAAAAUCAACGCACUCAGGUUAAAGAGAAAGAAAAUUCAAGCCCAACUUCAGAAGCACCAAGCUUGGAUAUAGUGGGGAAAUCACUCCAGAAUUUGGGUGGGCAGAAAAAUCCAGUGAAAACACUGAAAAGUUUAGAUUCGGAUACUCAGGAAGAGUCCACUUAUAGGGCACUAAUUCAAGAACUGGAUCAGGAGAGAGAGAAGAGGUGGAAGGCUGAGCAAGCUGAAAAGAAACUGAGAGAAAAUAUCAAAGAGCUGCAAAACCAAGCAAAAGAAGAAAAGGGUAUUCAAAGUAUGGCUGUGUAUACUACAGAUCGGUUAAAAGAGCUGGUUUUGAGAGAGAGAAAUGUGAAGACAAAACUUCAGAUGGACGUUCAGCAGCUGAAAGAUGAAGUUGAAAGACUUAGCAAGGAGUUAGAUCAAUCAAAACAUAAAGAGGAGGUUCAACAAAAGGCACUGCAGACUUUAGAGGAAACGCUGUCCAAGCUGGAGACACAAAGAGUACAGCGGCAAGCUUCAGAGAGGAAGCAAAUUCAAGCUGCAGAACUCAGAGCUUCCGCCGCUGAAAGAGAAGUGCAGUUGCUUCGAAUUUCUCUGCAGCAACAAAAAGAGAAGGUGGAACAAGUCCAUGAGCUUCUUAUGUUGAGAGAGCAGGAACACAGAAAGGAACUUGAAACUAAAGUUACAUUGAAUGGCUCAGAAUUCCAAGAAGCUUUGUCAAAAGAAGUGGCUAGAGAGCAGCAGAGGCACGAAUACCACAUUAAAGAACUGCAAGGAAAAAAUCAUCAGUUGAACCAGAAUUAUAAGGAUCUAGAAGACGAGUUCCGCAUUGCAUUAACUAUAGAAGCCAAAAGAUUUACAGAGGUUAAAGAAGCCUUUGAUAGUGUUGCCACUGAGUUGGCAGAUCAUAAGCAUCUUCUUGUUCAGUCUCAGCAAAAAGAAAAGCAAUCGGCUACCCUAAUCCACGAGCUGACAUCCAUGGUGAAAGAACAAAAAGUAAAGAUCACAGAAAUAGUCAAAUCAAAGCAAGAAAGAACAUACAGCUUGAGGAGUCAGAUCCGAACACUUGAAAAUACGUUGGAGGAAUAUAAACAGAAGACUAUUCAACUUGGGCUUCUUAAACAGGAAAAAUCAAAACUUAUUUCACAGAUAACAGCCCAGGAGUCUGUAAUUGAUGGAUUAAAAGCAGAGAGGAAAAUAUGGGGACAGGAGCUGGCACAACAGGGAGCUUCUCUUGCUCAAGAUCGGGGAAAACUGGAAGCCAAAAUAGAAGUACUAACUAGUGAGACUGAGGCUCUGAAAAAACAAAACGAACGCAAUAAUGAUGCGUUGAAGAUUAAGUCUAAAAUAGUGGAGGAUCAAACGGAAACCAUUAGAAAGUUAAAAGAAGCCUUACAGGAGCGAGAUGAGCAAAUAAGAAAGUAUCGUGAAGAAAGUACUGAAAUACAGAAGACACUUCAGGUGCAGCUAGAGGAAAGAGAUGCACAGCUGGAUGACCUUAUGGAAAAAGUGGAAAGGCAAAAUAAGAGGAAAGAGGAAUUAAAACAACAGUUGCAAGAAAAAGAAACGGAGCUUGAAGAUAUCAAGAAAGCUUAUAGUGUGAUGAAUAAGAAGUGGCAAGAUAAAGGAGGAUUGUUGAGCAAGCUGGAAGCACAAGUUAAACAAAUGAAAGAAAACUUCGAUAUAAAAGAAAAGCAGCUGAUUGAGGAGAGAGAUAGAAGUCUUCAGGCACAGAAGACUUUGAUGGAAAAGAUGCAUUCUAUGGAUGAUGCGUUCAGAAGACAACUUGAAUCAACUCUAGCAGCACAUCAGGCAGAAUUGCUGCAGUUAGCAAAUGAAAAGCAACAACAAAUUGCAGCAGCAAAUGGAAAGGUUUACCACGUUGAAGAAGAAAUGCGUCAGCUCCUGCAGGAGACCGCAAACAAUAAAAAGGCCAUGGAAGACAAAAUUAAAAGACUGACAGCUGCAUUGAGUGACAUUCAGCAAGAGUUCUGAAAUACAUAGAAUCCAACACUCGCGUAAAGGCUUACCAGAUUCACUAAGUUAGCAGUUAUUUGAUGGCUGCACCCAUGACGUUAGCUGGUUAUUGAAAAUUAUUCUCCUGGAAAAAAAUGCUACAUAUUGGCAUGACUUAUAUUUGCACUUUAUGUAUAAUAGUUUCAAAAUUGUUAACUUUCAUAGAACUGUCUACUGUCACUAAAGUUCAAGAAAAAUUAAAUUUA